UACCCGCCGCUGUCAGUCACAGUCGCCAUCAGUUCCCGCUCCUCACCAGCUUGGCAAAAAUGUCCAAACCCACAGAGACUGAGCGAUGCAUCGAGUCCCUGAUUGCCGUUUUCCAAAAGUACAGUGGGAAGGAUGGGAACAGCUGCCAACUCUCCAAAACCGAGUUCCUCACCUUCAUGAACACGGAGCUGGCUGCCUUCACGAAGAACCCUGGUGUCCUGGACCGCAUGAUGAAGAAGCUGGAUCUCAACAGUGAUGGGCAGCUAGAUUUCCAAGAGUUUCUCAACCUCAUUGGUGGCUUAGCCGUAGCAUGCCAUAAUUCCUUCCUCAUGAGUUCCCAGAAGCGUUUCUAACCUUCCCAUUUCCCUUCCAGCCACCAAGUCAUCACGUCCUCCCCCACCCACACCUGCACUGAGCCCACCACAUCUCACAUAACACGCAGCCUGUUCCUGCUAGCAGAAAUAAAACAAUGUCAUUUUUUUUAAUGUAAAAAAAAAAAAAACCUCCCAGUUACUCGG